GGCAAAGGCGCAUUGGCGCAGAGCGAUGGGCGGGGAGUCGACGGCGGCGCGAUGGCCGCCUACCGGCGUCGGACCUGUCGGACUCACGGCCCAGCUCGGAGCCGGGCCUCCUGACGACGCCGGAGGGCGAGGCUCCCCGGCCCGCUGCCGCUGCCGCUGUCAUGUAUCCGCCGCCGCCGCUGCCGCCGCGUCGGGACUUCAUCUCGGUGACGCUGAGCCCCGGCCGGAGCUACGACGGCGUCCAGGGCCUGAGGCGGCGCUCGUUCUGGCGGAAAUGGAAGCAGCUGUCGAGGUUACAGCGGAACGUGGUCCUCUUCCUGCUGGCGUUCCUGAUGCUCUGCGGCCUCCUGUCCUACAUCAGUGUGGCCGACGAGUGGAAAGCCGUGGGCAGCAGGUCGGCAGAAGGGCCGAAGAUGAGACCCGCAAAUCCACCCGUCUUGCCAGCUCCUCGGAGAGCAGCUGAGAACCCGGAAACCUUCGCGGGGGCGUCCCCUCAGAAGCCUCCAAGGCAUUUCCGACGGGGACCCCCCAACCUGCAGAUUAGAGCCCCCGAUGGAGACGCCAAGGACAGGAGGCAGGAAGAGGCCCAGAGGAGGGCAGAGGCGGUGGGCGAGGCUCCCCGGGAAGACGACGCGCAGGGAAGCCGCGUCAGCCGGAGGGGCACGGGGCCCGAACCGGAGCAGGGCACCCAGCUGCCUGUAAGAAAGGCAGAGGCCCCCGCCAGGCCUUCCCCACAGGCCCUCAGGAUGAGGAACAGUCCAGCCUCGCAGAACGAGCGCCAGAAGGCCGUGGUCGCCGCCUUCCGCCACGCGUGGGCCGGAUACCGCAAGUUCGCCUGGGGCCACGACGAGCUGAAGCCCGUGUCCAAGUCCUUCAGCGAGUGGUUCGGCCUCGGCCUCACGCUGAUCGACGCCCUGGACACCAUGUGGAUUUUGGGUCUGAAGAAAGAAUUUGAAGAAGCCAGGAAGUGGGUGUCCCAGAGGUUAUUGUUUCAGAAAAAUGUGGACGUCAACCUGUUUGAGAGCACCAUCCGGAUCCUGGGGGGUCUUCUGAGCGCCUUCCACUUGUCCGGGGACGUCCUCUUUCUGAAAAAGGCUGAGGAUUUUGGAAAUCGGUUAAUGCCUGCGUUCCAAACACCCUCUAAGAUUCCGUACUCCGACGUAAACAUCGGCACUGGAGUUGCCCACCCACCGCGUUGGACCUCUGACAGCACGGUGGCCGAGGUGACAAGCAUUCAGCUGGAGUUCCGAGAGCUCUCUCGUCUCACGGGAGUUAAGAAAUUUCAGGAGGCCGUGGAGGAGGUGACCAGGCGCGUGCACUCCCUGCGCGGGAAGAAGGACGGGCUGGUGCCCAUGUUCAUCAACACCAACAGCGGGCUCUUCACCCACCUGGGUGUGUUCACCCUGGGCGCCAGGGCCGACAGCUACUACGAGUACCUGCUGAAGCAGUGGAUCCAGGGUGGGAAGAAGGAGACACAGCUGUGCGCCCGCCUGGCCCGAGCACACGGGCCCGCUGGUCUGCACAGGCUGCUGGAAGACUACCUCGAAGCCGUGGAGGGAAUCAAAAAGCACCUGCUGCACAGAUCUGAACCCGGCAAGCUGACCUUCGUGGGGGAACUCACCCACGGCCGCUUCAGCGCCAAGAUGGACCACCUGGUGUGCUUCCUGCCAGGGACGCUAGCUCUGGGCGCCCACCACGGCCUGCCUGCCGACCACAUGGAGCUGGCCCGGGCGCUCAUGGACACCUGCUACCAGAUGAACCGUCAGAUGGAGACGGGGCUGAGCCCCGAAAUCGUGCACUUCAACCUGCACCCCCAGAAGUCCCGUAAGGACGUGCAGGUCAAGGCGGCCGACAGACACAACCUGCUGCGACCCGAGACGGUGGAGAGCUUGUUCUACCUGUACCGCCUCACGGGCGACCGCAAGUACCAGGACUGGGGCUGGGAGAUCCUGCGAAGCUUCAACACGUACACGAGGGUCCCCUCCGGCGGCUAUUCUUCCAUCAGCAACGUCCAGGACCCCCGCAAUCCCCAGCCCAGGGACAAGAUGGAGAGCUUCUUUCUGGGGGAGACGCUCAAGUACCUGUAUCUGCUCUUCUCCGACGACCCAGACCUGCUCAGCUUGGACACUUAUGUGUUCAACACGGAGGCUCACCCCCUGCCCAUCUGGGCCCCCUCCUAGGGCGGGACGGCUCCCGAGUGGGUGCUGCCCGGGGGACUGAUGAGUCCUGUCAUCGAGGGUUCCUGUCGGCAAGACCCUGGCCCUGACCUUGGCUGUGCGGUGUCCACCCAGCCGGCUGGACGUGCUCCAGGCCGGGCUGAUGACAGAGGCCAGCGGCAACUGGGCCAGGACGUUUCGGGGCCUCAUAGCUGCUUGGGGUGGCCGCUGGGCUUCUGGUGCUCUGCCACUGGUUCUGGGCUCCUUGCCUGGUUCUCGUCGGGGCACCGUUAGGAACAAGUAGGAAUAAAUCAGCGCUGUGAUUCAGGGAGGUCCCGUCCACCCGGGGAGCCUCUUCCUUCUUCCUGAGAAAAUCAAAUCGUGACUACAUUCCUGAUAUACCUAAAUGCCCUCCUGCUGGCCGUGCAGGGCUUUCUAGGGGUCCUGGGCCCUCUGGUCACCCUGGGCCACACUGGGUCCCCAGAGCCCAUGAUGAGAUCAGAGACAGGUGCUGCGGGGACAGCCUGGGUACAGCUCAGCCUCGGGGUCUCACAGCCUGUGAACACGCCCCAACCCAGGGGUCACAGGGCAUCUGUGACCUCAUGGGGAUCCGGGCCCCUGGCUGGCUGUGGUGGUUACACGUUGGAUUCAGGGAUCCUCCCCUUGCCCUUGCAGGGGCUGGGUGGGCAAGUUCACCGGCUCCCAGGCCAGCCCUGAUUGAUGGACUUUUCAGUGGAGAUAAAAGUACAUUUGUUGUAACUGGCACCCGCUGUGUUUUUGUUUCCGGAAUCGCAACUGUGAAACGGGGAGGGGCGGCGGGGGCAGUGUUUGGGUCAGGUCUGACGUGUGUGCAGAGGUCAGCUUUGCCCCUGCCCCUGGGGGGAGGUUUGGGAGUGUCAGCUCCACAGGGCAGGUGCUGGCCACAGUGGCGCCCAGGGUGAGAAUAUGCCUGUGACGGUUGCUGGUGCCAGUGAGCAUGGCGGGCCCCACCUGCUCUGCCUGCUUCUCUGGCGUGUGGGGUGUCCGCGCCUGGGGCUCCGUCUCAGGGUGCCUUGUCGCCCUGUCUCAUUCCUUUUUUAAAAAAUAAAUUUAUUUUAUUUAAUUUUG